CGACAAUAUUAUAAUAUUAAAAAAAUAAUAUUGAGAAAGAAAUAGGCUACUCAGUACGGAGUCAGGUAAGGUGGAUUUAUCUUCAGAAGCUCAAUCGGGUGACCCCUCACCCUCACCACCACUAGUGAACAUGUCGUCGACCACUCAGAAACACAGGGACUUUGUGUCUGAGCCAAUGGCCAAGAAGAAGGUGACGGCUCUGGCCGGCAUCGGAGACGCGCUCGGCAAGAGGCUGGAGGAUAAGGGCUUUGAUAAGGCGGAAAAGGUGCUGGGUCAUUUCCUAAUGCUGGGGAAGGACGAGGGGCGCUUCAAGUGCUGGCUGAAAGACACAUGCGGGGCGAAUUCCAGACAGCAAGAUCAUUGCUACCGCUGCCUCAGGGAUUGGUGCGACUCCUUCCUGUAGGCCGCUCUUGUGGGGAAACACAGUUUGGUAACGUAGAUGAAAUAGAAAGCAAGUAGUUUGAACUGUGAGUUGCUGACCGACGACACACUGACUUCAUGGAAACUAAGCUUGUGUGUUCUUGGGUACAUUAGCAUGUAGGAUCAGCCAGGAUAGUUGAAGGGAUUCUUAUUAGAUUCUUCUUAAGUUUUAUUCUUUCUUUCUUUCUUUCUUUCUUUCUUUCUUUCUUUCUUUCUUUCUUUCUUUCUUUCUUUCUUUCUUUCUUUCUU